GUAUCCCACGUGUCCUAUAUCGUAUUGCAGCAAUGGCGGAAGAGGUUUCCUGUUUGAAGUCACGACUUAUGGAAAAAGAAAAAGAGAUAGUUGCAUUGAAGGAUAAACUGGCACAAUUAGAAAAGAGAUGUUUGACAGGUCUGCAGCUGCAGGAGAAAGUGACAACACUUCCACCUCUGAAACCCAAGGCAGCCCUGUCCAAUGAAGACAUCAUGCGCUACAGCAGACAGCUUCUACUGCCAGAGCUGGGUGUACAAGGUCAGCUGAACCUCUCCCAGACAUCAGUGCUGGUUGUAGGGUGUGGAGGACUAGGCUGCCCCCUGGCACAGUAUCUAGCAGCAGCAGGAAUCGGGCGUGUGGGUCUGCUGGACCAUGACCAAGUGGAGCUGAGUAAUCUGCACAGACAGGUACUCCAUGGAGAGGACAGCCAGGGCCAGCCCAAGGCCCAGUCUGCUGCCCACGCUGUCAGAAGGUUGAACUCCACAGUAGAAUGCAUUCCCUACCACCUCCAGCUCUCUCCAGAGAACGCCUUACAGCUCAUCCAACAGUACAACAUUGUGGCUGACUGUUCGGACAAUGUUCCCACCCGCUAUCUGGUGAAUGAUGCCUGUGUCCUCAGUGGCAAGCCCCUAGUAUCUGCCAGUGCCCUGAGAAUGGAGGGCCAGUUGACAGUGUAUAACUACCGUGGAGGCCCCUGCUACAGGUGUCUGUACCCAAAGCCUCCACCCCCGGAGACGGUGACCAACUGCUCUGACGGAGGGGUCCUAGGAGUAGUGCCAGGGAUCAUGGGAUGCUUCCAAGCGUUGGAGGUCCUGAAGAUUGCCUCAGGACAGGGCUCUUCCUGUGGCCAACAGCUAUUGAUGUUUGACGCCCAGGAUGUCAAGUUCCGGUCCAUCAGGCUGCGCCCCAAGCAGGCCAGCUGUGCUGUGUGUGGAGAGAACCCCACUGUCACACACUUAGUGGACUAUGAGAAGUUCUGUGGGUCUGCUGCCACAGAUAAGUGUCGAAGACUAAACCUUCUCUCCAAAGACCAGAGGGUAUCAGUGCAGGAGUAUAAAUCUAUAAUGGACCACACGGCUGCUCAUCUCCUGCUGGACGUACGCCCUCUAGUGGAGGUGGAUAUAUGUCACCUGCCCACCUCCCUUAACAUUCCUCUCUCCAGUUUAGAGAACAGGAACAGUGAACACAUCCAUGUGCUGAAGGAGAGAAUUGGCCAAGUGAAAGAGCAGAUGUCGAGUGAAUCCCAGGUCCCAGUUUAUGUGAUCUGUAAGCUGGGUAAUGACUCCCAGAAGGCAGUUCAAGUCUUGGAGAGAAUGUCAGGCUCUGAGGUGGACUGUGUCACUGCAAAGGACAUCUGUGGGGGACUAAUGGCCUGGGCCCAGAAAAUAGACCCCUCUUUCCCUCAGUAUUGACUCAACGUCACAGGUUCUGCACUGUGGUUUCAUAACUUAAAUGUAUGUAAUCAUGACGACAGUUUUUCUGCCUUAACUUGUUUUAUGUAUGCUGGUUGCAUUGGGUAUCGCUUACCUGGCAGACAAUUCUUAGAUUAAUUAGUUACAUCUCACUGGUGAAAAGUGAAAGAAAUAGUCAGUUAUCAACUGUUCAUGUUUUCGAGAUUGUGUUUUAAAUGGCAAAUAAAAUGUUGUACAAG